AUGCAUUUUUUGAAUAAAAAAAUAGCGUUAAUUGAUGGAUGGCUGGUCGAUCAAGAUUUGUCUUGUUUAAUAAACCCGUCCACUCUGGUUGAUAAUGGAAUUGUAACUGAGCAGCAGUUCGAGGACUUGAUUGACCGCGGUUUGAAGAAUUGGAAUUCUUUAUUCAUUUCUGAAUCGGAUUUGUACUGUGAAAAUUCUAGUGAGCUGUUUCGACAUGUCAGUACCAAAUCUCAUUCUUUUCAUGAAUUAUCUAAUGGUUCAAUCAGACACUCAAAUUCCAUCAAGAGCCAGAAUCCAGGAGAUGAUGUACUGAAAACAUUUUCCCUGGAUUGUCAUUCUCUUACUUUAACCGAUGGUCGGGACGUGUACAUACACAGUCAUAUGGGCGGAAAUAAUGAUCUCAAAAAAUGCUUGAACACCGACCUAGUUUCACAAAGCAAAUACUACACCGCAAUUGCCUUUGAUACCAGGUCCUUUAUCGAAAUUGAAGGAUUUUUGAUUGACUUAAAGUCCCACAACUUUUGCUCUCUCUUUGAUAUUGAAUUUCAAAAGGAAAUAUCUGCGCCUGUUUGGCUAGGUCUACGAAGUAUAUCGUUUGCUAGCGUGUUUGAGAAGCUGCAAAUUUCAGAUUUGAAUUACCGAAUUACGGAUUGUAAAUCCCUAUUUUACGUUAUGCAUGAGAACGUAUACGUCAAUUUUCAGAAAAACGAACAAGGCAGCUACGUGUGCAAAAUUUGUGAGAGGGAAGUCGCCUCUAAUAUAGCCCUUCCAGUAUCGACAGUUGUGAAUGGCGCCGAAGUUGUUAAGUAUAUCGUACUAUCGGAAAAAAUCCAAGAUUACGGUCCAAGUUUACAUGAUCUCGAACGGGCCUUGGGGAAAGAAUCAUUUUCAGUGGACAGUAAACUAUCUCAGCAUUAUCCCUUAAUGGAAUGUGAUUAUUUUGAUUAUGAUGAAGAGGUGGAAACUCCUAAUAUUAUGUAUGUUCCCGGUUGGGAAAUAUGGCAACUGCCUACCAAAAUUAUGCAAGAUGUCUUAGAACCCAAAAUUUACCAUUUCGGAAUGCCCAAGCAUAUACAGAAUCUUCACAAUACGUUGUUGGAAAGAAUGCUACAGGGGGGCCAAUGGAAAAUUAAAAAGAUCAAAGAAAUAAUGGCGUAUGACCCCGAGUUAGCGAGCUUACUCGUCCCUGUCCUCCCUGAAUACGAAAAAUUGCAUAAAGAAGCAAUUCUAAUGAGCUUGAAAACCGGGUUAAGUACAUUCACCAAGCAAAUCCAUAAUGAGGUCAGAAACAAAGACGGAGAAUUGAUACCCAAUAUCAAAAUUAUGGAAAGACUACUAAUUGAUAUCAAAGAGGGGGUCAUGGUGAGCCCGAAGGAAGCCAAAUACAGAUUCGAGGAUAACAUCACGUUCAAGUAUAAUCUGUUGGAUUGGAGUGUAUUCAUUCUUAAAGAGCCACCAAUCGAAAUUUUCUCAAGAAAUUUGUUCGAUACAGUUCAAACAAAAAAAGUGCAUGAUAUUGGGACAAAGCUUAACGGUAGACGAUAUGUUGUUUUGAGUUUUGGAAAAUUUGGAACCAUAUAUUUAUACGAAGGAAAGGAUAGCAUGCAAACGUUUAAAACACCAUUGGUUGUUGAUAAAGCCGGAUCUCCAAGAAUUCGGUUCUACAUUUCGGAACUAAACGGAUUAUUAGAUGUUUCUGAACACUUGUCAAAUUUUGAAAUGCUGUGGAAAGCCAUCAAAGAGGCCGGUUCUCAAAACAAAUCAGACUAA